AUGGGUGCUAAUCAAAGUUCACGUGUGGUUUGUCUUGAAAAGAGGAAACAAGGACAAUGGUACAACAUCAAUAAGCCACAGAUGAUGACGGUCGGUAGAGAACCCAAAAGACAGCGAGGUAAUUCACCACCCACAAAAAGAAAGAAAGGAACCUUCGAGAUAGAUGAUGGUUGGGACACUGAUAUGUUUGAUUAUGAAAUUGAUAGAAUGAUUAAGUUGUCUGGUUAUGAGGGUAACCAUGAUCCCAAGACCGAGGAAGAAUUAGUUCGUUAUUUUGGAGAUGUUCAAAAUUCUAAGGGUUUUGACAUUGAGAAUGAUGCUCCUUGGGUCGAAGGGUGGAUGCACCUUGUUGAUCAUCUCCGAGGUCCGAAGGCUACAAUCAUUGAAAGGUGUGCUCGUAUUUUUGUUCAUCAUUACAAUGUGAAAAAGAAGGGCAAGAAAAUUCUCAAGUUUGAUAAGGUUGUCAAGGCAACUCGGGCUAUAGAAUGUCUUUGA